UCAAAUACAGUAAGGAAUCAUUACAAAAUUUCAGCGUGAACUGAGUGCUUGUGUUGGAAUUAAUGUUUAUGUAGAUUAAUAUAAAUUGUUUUGCGUUGUUAAAAUUAAACGAUUAUAUGUUUAAAGUUGUAUAAGAAUUAAUAGUUAACUGCCAUAUUGAACGGCGGAUAUCUGAGUCGUUUGAUAAUGCCGCCCUUGAGACAUUACGAUGGAAGUCUCAAUCUUUCAGGCGUAGUAAAUUUUUGGAGAAAUUUGAAGAGAAAGAUAGAAGAUGGUACUGUGAUAUAGAGCGGAGUCAUGAGCAGUCUCGGUGAAGCCAAAGGGGUGGAGGUGGUGAAGGUGACCGACGACCACACGUAUCAGCUGAAUGAGGAUGCAUUACGGAUGAUCCUACUGCGAGAUGAGGUCAAGGACCUUCCUGUGGUCGUAGUCAGCGUCGCUGGCGUCUACCGCGGUGGAAAGUCCUUCUUGCUGGACUUCUUCCUCAGAUACCUAAAAGCGCCCCCCUCGUCUCGUGAUAGUGCUGCGUGGCUGGGCCAGGAAGACGAGCCGCUGACGGGAUUCAUUUGGCGGGCUGGUUGCGACCGUCAGACAACUGGUAUCGUUCUAUGGUCGGAACCGAUUGUUACCAGAUUCAACGAUCAAAAGGUGGCUGUAGUGUUGAUGGACACCCAGGGCACGUUUGACAACAGCAGCACGGUUCGCGACAGUUCAACUAUCUUCGCACUUUCCACGUUACUCUCCUCGAUUCAAAUCUACAACCUCAAAGAGAACAUCAAAGAAGACGACCUCCAGCAUUUACACCUUUUUACGGAAUACGGAAGGUUGGCGUGCGAUGAUGAUGAUGAGGCAGCGUUCCAAGUUCUCAUGUUCUUGGUCCGUGAUUGGGCGUACCCUUAUCAACACGCGUUUGGCGCGGAAGGAGGCGAAGAAUUGCUUAUAAAAAGGUUGCAGAUCACUAACAAUCAGCACGCGGAGUUGAGGGAAUUACGAGAGCGAAUCCGUUCUUGUUUCAAAUCGGUCUCCUGUUUCCUGAUGCCUCACCCGGGGUUCGUGGUUUCGGAGCAAAACUUUAAUGGACAACUAGCUGACAUUCGUAUUGAGUUCAAAGAAGCGCUUCGAGAUCUGGUACCAUCGAUGUUCGGAUCUAGGAAUUUGGUGCCGAAAAAAAUCAAUGGUCACCAAAUCAAAACUCGGGACCUGUUUGAUUUCUUUAAGACUUACGUGAACAUCUACAACAGCGAGGAGCUGCCUACUCCGGUUACCAUUUUGAAGGCAACAUCUGAGGUGGCAUUGAUAUCUGCGAUCAGGGAUGCAAGGGAACAGUAUGAAAAACGUAUGGAAAUGAAUGCCGGUGCCAAACAGCCGAGUGUACCAGACAACGUGCUUGAAGAUCAACACAAGAGAACCGUUCUUAUUAUUCGUCAAUCGUUUGAGAGUAAAAAGAGGAUUGGUUCACAAAAGGACGCCAAGGAGCAUAUCGAAAAGCUGAUUACGGAAUUAGAAGCACGCUUGCAGCAUUACUUGACAUUGAACAAAGCGAAACUUCAGAAAGCCGUGGUUGACGCGAAACAAGCUUACGAUGACGCAGUUCAGAAGGUGACUAAGGGAGAGCCUCUCUGUCUGCACCCCUUAGACUUAGAUUCACUCCACAACAAGGCGGUGGACGCGGCGGCAGAUUUAUUCGAUAACAACAGAAGAACUCCCGAUAAGGAAAGCGACCCUGAAAGGAUUUCGUUAAUGAAGCAUCUCGAAGGUAAUAUCAAAGAUUUGCGAUUGAAAAACGAUUAUAACAAUAAAGUCUUCAUUAGCGAGGCCCGAAAGGUAUAUGAGACAUUAAUGCAGAAGCACGUCUGGAUGGGAUCGUGUGUCUCUGACGAAUUAUUGCAGAAUUGCCACAGAAAUGCAUUGAAGAAGGCCAUUGGAAUCUUGAAAUCGCAUCGCAACAUCCCCACAAACCAUAGCGAAGAUAAAUACAUCAGUUCUUUACAAGAGAGCAUCGUAGAAGAAUUCCAGAAGUUUCGUUCAGCGAACAACAACGCCAAUAAGAUUGCGAUCCAAGAGGCAGUAUACUCUUACAACAAUCACAUGACUUCAGCCUGGGGACCGCCUUCCAGCUGCUUCCAUCCCCAAGACCUAACGAAAAUCCACGAGACUAAUAAAGCAUUGGCCCUGACUGAAUUCCAUAACAGCAGAAAUACGACGGCUGAUGAUGAUGGUGAUGACGAUGAUGACGGUGAUGUCAAUAAACAAAAACUCGUUGAGCUAUUGAACAGACGUUAUAGUGAACUGAAAGAAAUCAACUCGGCUUCCAACGAUAUGGCAGUUGCCGAUUCAUACCGCGAAUACUGCAGGUAUAUGGACGGGAAAUGUAAGCCGUCGGUCCUGUCUAUAUUAAUUGUUCCUUGGCUGGUCAAGGUGAUCAGACGUCUGCCAGAUUAUCAUAAAGAAGGCAAAAACGCAGCAUGGGAUUACUUCAGAAGCAAGAGACGCAAUUACUCCUACCGUUCCGAUGACAGUUACAGAACAGACCUCGAAUCUAAACUGGAAGAUGGUUUUCAUGAGUAUUGUCACCCGCUGAACGCACUCACUCGUGAGUUCGGUAUAUGAGACGAUUUGGGAGUGGCAUCAACUAAACAAAUAAACAAUUAAAAAAAUAAUACGGAAACACCCAACUGAUUUUUUGACUACAAGGACAGUGGUAAUUGAUGUUUGGCCAUCAUAGAAAAAUAUUCGGGAUAUUUGUGAUGUAUUAGCAUAUUUAUUCGGAAAUCUUAUUGUGUUUUUUUUUAUUAUUGAACGUUUUUGAAUAAAAACAAAAAGCAAAUCACAAUGUUUUUAGAUUUUAUGUUUAUAACUGAUGCUCGCCUAUCCUUAAUGUAUCAAUCAAUGUAAAAAAAAACAAAUAAUUGUAAUUGAGAAAUAGCAAUAUUAUUUUAAGUGUUAGAUUAUAAUUUUUUGUAUUUGAAUUUGUAUUUUUUUUUAUUAUUCAAUCCGGGCGUCGGCAUUUAAAUUAUGAUGUUAAUUUAUGCCAAGAAAACGACUAGUCGUGAUAAAGUACAUGUGCUGCCAUCUAUUGUCUGAAAUAUACAUUAAUAUUUAUUUAAUUUCAAAACAUUCUGCUAAGUCGUAACUAAUUUAAAACAAAUAAUAUGAUAAUAAGCAGUAAUUUGAAGGGUCGGUGGCCCGAUUUGAAGGAUGGGAAAGUCGCAAUACUAUACAAUUAAGACUUAGACCUCAUUUUUAAAAUGAACUGCGAUAUUCACGGUGUGAUCUCCAUGAGCUUCGGAAACCACUUAACACCAGGUGGAACAUGAACAUAUUUCAUCAUCAUCAUUCUCCAGCCCUUCUCCCAGUCACCUGGGGCCGGCACAACAUGCUUCUUCCUUCCAUACUCCUCUAUCAUAUACCAUUUCUUCGCUCACUCCCCCUCUUACAAAUAUCGUCUUUCAUUGAGUUUGGUGGGCACCUAAGAAUACUCCCAACCCAAACUUAGCUCAUAGGUGUCGUAGAAGGCGACUAAGAGUCAAAGCAUGACCAAAGCCUUGGCCCAAAGCCAACAAAAGUAUCCCCAAGGAAAGUUAACGUCAGGCUGGUGGCCGAUCAUAAAAUUUUUGCCAAAACUUAGAAGCAACAUUAUGUUUAUGCAAUAAAUAUUUUAGAUAAUAAAUUUUUAUGCAUUGUUUUUAUAUUAUUGUUUAGAAAUAUAAUAACUAGAUAAUAAUACACUAGAUAAAUACAACCGAAAAAGCUCUUGCAAUUACAUACAUGCCAACAGUAAAAAUAUUUUUGUAUUUGUAUAAGAAUUAUUUUGUAAAACAAAAACUUGUGAAUAAAUGAUAUUAUUUUGAA